CGCGGGGCGGGUUCUGGGGCGGGCCGGUGAUGGGAGGCUCGGUCCUGGGGGCGGGGCGAGGCGCAGAGGUGCGUCCUGACGGCGGGGCGGUGACGCAAGAGCGACUCCUGGGGGCGGGGCGAGGCCUUGGAGAUGCGUCCUGAGGCGGUGGAGCGAAGACUGACCCGGGGCAGUGACGCGAGGGCGGGGGCGGGUCCUGGGGACUGGGGCUGACGGUCGAGGCCCGGAAGCGGACUGAGGCGGCCUGGAGUCUUAGUUGACUACUCGCCAUGGACGAAGCGGACCGGCGGCUCCUGCGGCGGUGCCGGCUGCGGCUGGUGGAGGAGCUGCAGGUGGAUCAGCUCUGGGACGCCCUGCUGAGCCGCGAGCUGUUCAAGCCCCACAUGAUCGAGGACAUCCAGCGGGCAGGCUCUGGAUCUCGGCGGGAUCAGGCCAGGCAGCUGAUCAUAGAUCUAGAGACUCGAGGGAGUCAGGCUCUUCCUUUGUUCAUCUCCUGCUUAGAGGACACAGGCCAGGACAUGCUGGCUUCGUUUCUGCGAACUAACAGGCAAGCAGCAAAGUUGUCGAAGCCAACCCUAGAAAACCUUACCCCAGUGGUGCUCAGACCAGAGGUUGUCAGACCAGAGAUUCGCAAACCAGAGGUUCUCAGACUGGAAACACCCAGACCAGUGGACAUUGGUUCUGGAGGAUUCGGUGAUGUCAGUGCUCUUGAGAGUUUGAGGGGAAAUGCAGAUUUGGCUUACAUCCUGAGCAUGGAGCCCUGUGGCCACUGCCUCAUUAUCAACAAUGUGAACUUCUGUCAUGAGUCCGGGCUCCGCACCCGCACUGGCUCCAACAUUGACUGUGAGAAGUUGCGGCGCCGCUUCUCCUCGCUGCAUUUCAUGGUGAAGGUGAAGGGCGACCUGACUGCCAAGGAAAUGGUGCUGGCUUUGCUGGAACUGGCGCGGCAGGAUCACGGUGCUCUGGACUGCUGCGUGGUGGUCAUUCUCUCUCACGGCUGUCAGGCCAGCCACCUGCAGUUCCCAGGGGCUGUCUACGGCACAGAUGGAUGCCCUGUGUCGGUCGAGAAGAUUGUGAACAUCUUCAAUGGGACCAGCUGCCCCAGCCUGGGAGGGAAGCCCAAGCUCUUUUUUAUCCAGGCUUGUGGUGGGGAGCAGAAAGACCAUGGGUUUGAGGUGGCCUCCACUUCCCCUGAAGAUGAGUCCCCUGGCAGUAACCCCGAGCCAGACGCCAUCCCGUUCCAGGAAGGUUUGAGGACCUUCGACCAGCUGGACGCCAUAUCUAGUUUGCCCACACCCAGUGACAUCUUUGUGUCCUACUCUACUUUCCCAGGUUUUGUUUCUUGGAGGGACCCCAAGAGUGGCUCCUGGUAUGUUGAGACCCUGGACGACAUCUUUGAGCAGUGGGCUCGCUCUGAAGACCUGCAGUCCCUCCUGCUCAGGGUCCCCAGGUUGACACCUCCCGCUCCUCCACUGAUGGAGCUGGUCCUCAGUGCCAGCGCAGGAUGGCUCUGUCCAGACCCUGAAGGCGGGUCAUGGGCCCCUCCCUGUACCCUGUGAGGAUCCUGCAGUCUUCUACUCUUGACCCUCAAGAAUUGUGAACCCCUCCUUGUACAUCGCCUUCUCAGGAGGCCCCAGUGAGGAAACAGAUAGGGAAGGGUGGCCUGAUAGGCCCAGUCCUACUCCAUGGAAACCUGACUCAGAGCAGUUGCUUCCUCUGAGGGUCCCAUAGCCUUGUGGCUGCCUUGGGGAGGCAGGACGUGUGGGCCCCUGCUGCUCUGCUCAGGUAUUCAUGCCAUGAGAAGGGGCUGCGGGGCUGGGGCCACUCCUUACUCCUUGCAAAUAUUUCAGUCUGAUUUGAACUUUAUAAAUUUGGAAAUUUUGAAUUUUGAGUUUUUUAAAGGUGAAGUUGAGGUGCGUGUUCUUUAAGCCCUCCUGCUGAAAGAGGCUGCAGUUUGAGCUGUUUUUAAGGUGCGAGUUGAGUGGACAUUCCCUCCAGCCCCUCUUGAAUUCUUCCUUCAGUCCAGAGAACUGAACUCACAGAGCUCUCCAUGGUCAUGUCUUAUAGGUCGCUAAUGCUGUUUCGGUGAAAGGGAUUUAUAAACAGAUGCCUGGUUGCUUUAACUUCCUCCGGAAGAAACUUUUCUUUAAAACGUCCUAAGGCCAGGGCCCCUCACCCUGCCUUAUCUUGCACUCCAAAGCCUUCCUGUCCCAGGCCUGAAAAUGGCUGAGGCCUGGACUUUCCUGCAACUCAAGGACUUUGCAGCUGGCACAGGGUCUGCUCUUUUUCUGCCAGUGACAGACAGGCUCUUAGCAGCUUCCAGAUUGGCGACAAGUGCUGAACAGUGGAGGAAGAGGGACAGAUGAAUGCCGUGGAUUGCACGUGGCCUCUUGAGCAGUGGCUGGUCCGGGGCUAGUGACUUGUGUCCCGUGAUCCCUGUGUUCUCUCUAGAGCAGGGAUUAACCUCUGCACUACUGACAUGUGGGGCCAGGUCACCCUUUGCUGUGAGGCUGUCCUGUGCAUUGUGGGAUGUUCAGCACUGUCCCUCACCUCAAUGCCAGUAACACGUCUUCCUGAGUGGUGCCAAACAAAAAUGUUCUCAGGUGUUGCCAAAUAUGUCCUGGGGUAUGAAACUUUCCUCGCCUGACAACCACUGGUCUGUAGGGAUUUUUGGCUACACACAAACCAGUAUCAUAGAUCAGCAAGCUGGGGCCUACUAGAGUCUGAACAGCUGUAAUCUGUGAGUUCUAAGUGAAGUUUUAAAAAUUGUUAAUUUUUCCUAUAUUGCAUUAAUCUUAAAAAAUAAAUCUGAGGCAAAUA